AUGGUUUACCCAGCUUGCCGCAUUCUCUGCUUCCUGCAGGAAGACCAGAGUCGCCUCCCCUUCCCCCAGCGGCCCCCAGACCCCUCCCCAACCCCACAGCGAAGCAGCUGCCACGGGCUCUUCCGAGCAGGAGUGGCCGUGGACGGCAGGGUUGUCACCCUGAUGGGGGAGGAGUGUCCUGUCCAUGUGUUCACAGCUGGCCGGGCAGGCCUGACCCCAGUGGAUGGGCCGGACGACCCCGGGGCACAGGGGUACACGGCCCAGGGCGAGCCGUUCACCAAAUACGUGGACAGGCUGUGCCGCAAAGACUUGAUGAGCUUCCCACCCUUCCACGCCAACAGUACUGAGAAGGACAAGCUGGUGGAGCUGUAUCGCGUCAUGGCCUACUUUCACCUCUCCCUGCAUGACGUCAUGAAGUGCCAGAAGACCCUCAACCCCAAAGAUCAGAACCUCCACAGCAAGCUUAACUCCACGGCGGACACCUUUCGGGGGCUUCUCAGCAAUGUGCUCUGUCGCCUGUGCGACAACUACAACGUGAGACUGACCGACAUGAUCAACGGCCUCAACACCUCGGAGGAGGACGUCUUCCAGAAGAAGAGGCUGGGCUGUCAGCUCCUGUUUAAAUACAAGCAGGUCAUCGCCGAGCUGGCCCAGGCCUUCUAG